UUGGAAGACAGAUCAUAUUUUUCCAAUUGUAUUGAGUUGUAGUUUGUUUAGGAGGUGAGGUUGUAUCCAAGAAAAAGCAAGAUGGCACUGAAAGUAGAAGUAAUUUCCAAGGAGAUGAUCAAACCAUCAUCUCCAACUCCACAUCACCUCAUAAACCACAAGCUUUCAUUCCUAGACCAAAUUGUACCACCAGUCUAUGUCCCUAUGCUUUUCUUCUACGAACCAACCACCAAGUCAACCCACCACCAUGAGGAUACUACUGAAAAAUCCAAGUUGCUAAAACAAUCUUUAUCAGAAACCUUAACAGUUUUCUACCCUCUGGCAGGAAGGAUCAACAAAAACAACGUUUCCAUCGACUGCAACGAUGCCGGAGCCGAGUACGUGGAAGCUCGGGUCCAUGAUGCUCAGUUUUGGCGAGUCAUCGAGCAGCCAAAGGCAGAAGAUCUGAAACAGUUCCUUCCAUUUGAGCCAUAUGAUUUUGGUAUAAUGGGAGGGAGAGAAGUACUCCUGGGCGUACAAAUAAACAUGUUUGAUUGUGGUGGGAUGGCCAUAGCGGUGUGUAUUGCACACACGAUUGCGGAUGGGUCGUCGUUGGUGACGUUCAUCAAUGCAUGGGCUGCUAAGUCUCGUGGGGCUGCUGCUGCUGAUGACCAUGUACCAAGUUUUGAUUUGGCAUCUUAUUUCCCACCCAAAGAUCACUUGUCUGGCUUUGCUCCUGCUACUGGCAUCACCCACCAAGACAUCCUCACAAGAAGGUUUGUGUUUGACAAGAGAGCACUAACUACACUCAAAGGAGUUGCCUCUACAGCCUUUGGAUCACAAGUGAAGGACCCAACUAGGGUAGAAGUUGUCUCAGCCUAUAUAUGGAAGCAUAUUACGGAGGCGGCUAAAUUUAAUAGAAACAUUAUGGAACCUGCAAAGAUGUGUGUCAUAAAUCAUGCAGUGAACUUGAGACCUAGGAUGAGCCCACCUCAUCCACAAAGCUCCAUUGGAAACCUUUGGCGGGUCGCAGUGGGGCUAUUAUCGUCGGAAGCUAAGAAUGGCUAUCUUGACUUGAUUAGCGAGCUGAGGACAGCGAUAAAGAAAAUUGAUAGUGACUAUAUAAAAAUGCUAAUAGAUGGAGAUCGUUACUUGGAUUUUCUUAAGAGCACAGGAGAACAAUUCUCCACGGGAGAGACUGAGUUUUGUAGUUUUAGCAGUUGGUGCAGAUUUCCAGUCUAUGAGGCAGACUAUGGUUGGGGUAGGCCUGUUUGGGUCUCCACCACAACCAUGCCAUUCAAGAAUGUGGUGAUUUUGAUGAGUACAAGUUGUGGGGAUGGAAUUGAAGCAUGGGUUACCUUGCUUCCAGAGGACAUGGCUGUCCUAGAACGAGAUCAAGAGUUCCUUUCACUUACCAUCAAAGACGUCAUGGCCUAAAAUAUAGUAGUGAAGAUGGACGCAAUCAACCUUCUAUCCUCAGAAUCUUUGUUGUCUUAUCUUAAUGCACUACAGUCGUAUGACCAUACCUUAAGAUUAUAGUAUUUGGAAAUUUCUAUCGCAUUAUAUGGUUGAUACAUUAUCAGUAAAAGAUAAGUACUUUCAGAACAGAGAAUCCCUAGCUGAGGCAAUCCAUUCAAUGACUCUGUUCAUGGGGCCAAUCCUCCAUUUCCUUUGAAGGCACUUGGUUACAUUUAUUGUCUAGUGACAAGUACUCAUUUAAGUGUAAGUGAUGUUGUGAGUCUUAAAGUGUGACAAACUCGUUCUGCAUUAUGCUUUUAAUUCCUCAAUUGUGUAUGUGCUUAUGUACUAAGUGUGCAUUUGAGUGAUAAUUAUGUUAUUAAUGUGGUUUUGACUUUA